AUGGAUAGUGACGACGAAAUUUUCCUAACGCAAAAUACUUUCUCUCAGGAGCCUUUUUCCCCUGAGUUGAAUUUGGAAGAGUUAGUGGGAGACUUUAGAGAAGCAAGCGAACGAGAUAGUGUUGAAGUCGAAAAGAAAGCCGGGGACGGUAAUUAGAAGUUUCAGUUUUGUUUCAUAUUUUUAUUUUCACUGUUAAUUUUUGCAGUUUGGUUUACAUCGACUCCUGUUGGACAUAACAAGCUUAGAAACUUUGUUAGCAAAAUGUGUAAAGACGCAGACCUACAGGGCCAAUUCAGCAAUCACAGUCUGAGGGCCACAACAGCAACACGUGGACUGGAAAAAGGAAUCUCAGAUCAGUUGAUUAUGGAGCGUAUGGGCCACCGAGAUAUCAGAUCUUUACAAAGGUAUCAGAGGCCCGAUGUCUCUACCAAAAUUGAGAUUUCUAAAGCAUUAAAUUGUCGAUCCGAAGGAUCCGUAGGAGAAAGGGAAGCCGAGUCCUCGUUAAAAAGAGAAGUAGAUCAGUUAGUUGAUAACGAAGUAAAAAGAUUUUGCCNGAGCGGUAAUGGAUAGUGACGACGAAAUUUUCCUAACGCAAAAUACUUUCUCUCAGGAGCCUUUUUCCCCUGAGUUGAAUUUGGAAGAGUUAGUGGGAGACUUUAGAGAAGCAAGCGAACGAGAUAGUGUUGAAGUCGAAAAGAAAGCCGGGGACGGUAAUUAGAAGUUUCAGUUUUGUUUCAUAUUUUUAUUUUCACUGUUAAUUUUUGCAGUUUGGUUUACAUCGACUCCUGUUGGACAUAACAAGCUUAGAAACUUUGUUAGCAAAAUGUGUAAAGACGCAGACCUACAGGGCCAAUUCAGCAAUCACAGUCUGAGGGCCACAACAGCAACACGUGGACUGGAAAAAGGAAUCUCAGAUCAGUUGAUUAUGGAGCGUAUGGGCCACCGAGAUAUCAGAUCUUUACAAAGGUAUCAGAGGCCCGAUGUCUCUACCAAAAUUGAGAUUUCUAAAGCAUUAAAUUGUCGAUCCGAAGGAUCCGUAGGAGAAAGGGAAGCCGAGUCCUCGUUAAAAAGAGAAGUAGAUCAGUUAGUUGAUAACGAAGUAAAAAGAUUUUGCCCAGAUAACAACAACGCGACUGUGAAAGGAUCAAACAGUUUUGUGUUCCAGAAUUGCUCGUUUGUAAUAUCCAAAGACUUAAAAUUUUCUUAG